GUGGAGACAAUCGGAGAUGCAUACAUGCUGGCUAGUGGGCUUCCUAAAAGAAAUGGCUGUCAGCACACAAAAGAGAUAGCGAAUGCUGCACUAGACAUACUGGCUUCUAUACGGAGCUUUACCAUCCCUCACCUUCCAGGAAAGAAAUUGAAAAUACG